AUGACGGAGCAACCCGUCGCGGCCGACCGACGAGCCCGGCAGCAUCGUCUGCUCCCCCUUCUGGUCCUCCCCGUCUUCUUCCUCUUCCUCGUCGCGCCGUGCGCCCUCUUCUUGUUCAGGUCGUCCGACCUGGCCCUUAUCCCCCGCAUCCGCAUCGAGUUCGACCGCCGCGAGGCUCUAUCUAUCGCACCUAAAAAUGAGCCGCGGCCAGCACAGCCAGUGCCACUGCCGUCGCCGCCACCACCGUCGCCAGCACCACCGCCUCCGGGUCCGGGUGCGGGCGAUGACGAGGAGCGACGACGGCUCCCGCCUCCGCGCCAGCUGACGGACCCACCGUACUCGCUCGGCCCGACCGUCGACUACGACGGGCGCAGGGUCCAGUGGCUCCGCGACAACCCGCGGUUCCCGGCCUUCGUCGCGCCGGGGAGGCCCCGGGUGCUGGUGGUCACCGGAUCGUCGCCGCGCCGGUGCAGCGACCCCGACGGCGAACACUUGCUGCUCCGGGCGUUCAAGAACAAGGCGGACUACUGCCGCGUCCACGGCUUCGACAUCUUCUACAGCACCGCGGUGCUCGACGUCGAGCUGUCGGGGUUCUGGUCCAAGCUGCCGCUGCUGCGGACGCUGAUGCUCGCGCACCCUGAGACGGAGCUCUUGUGGUGGGUGGACUCCGACGUGAUCUUCACCGACAUGCUCUUCGAGCCGCCGUGGGACAAGUACGCCGGCCACAACCUCGUGCUUCCGGGCUCGGAGGAGAAUGUGUACACCGUCAAGAGCUGGAUCGGCAUCAACGCUGGCAGCUUCAUCAUCCGCAACUGCCAGUGGUCGCUGGACCUGCUCGACGCGCUUGCGCGCAUGGGACCGCGCGGCCCCGUGCGCGAGAUGUACGGCAGGGUCAUCUCCAAGACGCUCUCCGACCGGCAGCCGUACGAGGCCUGCGACCAGUCGGCGCUCGUCUACCUGCUCGUGACGGAGCGCGGCAGGUGGGGCGACAAGACGUUCCUCGAGAGCUCCUACUGCCUCAGCGGCUUCUGGGCCUACAUCGUGGACAGGUUCGAGGGGAUGCGGCGGGAUUCGACGACCCCGCCGGAGCCCGGCCGCGAACGGUGGCCGCUGACGACGCACUUCAUGGGGUGCAAGCCGUGCGGCGGGGACGACUCCACCUACGACGCCGCUUGGUGCCGGCACUCAAUGGAGCGUGCUCUCAACUUCGGCGACGACCAGAUACUCAACCUUUACGGGUUCGAGCACAAGACGCUCAACACCACCGCCGUGCGGCGCGUCCGGAACGACACUGGCGGGCCGCUGGACGCGGUCGACGAGGAGCUCGGCCGGCUCUUGCAUCCCGCGUUCAGGGCUGCCAAUUUGUGA